ACACACUAUGAAAUGCUGAUUAACCACGACCAUAGAUUAUGCAAAUUGACUCUGACGCUGUCCAUCCCAAAAUAGCCCUGCAUUCAUUGUUGAUCAGCUUUUCACUAGCUUGGCUAUGGGAAUCAGCCGUGCUAUUUAACCUUAUUCGAAGAAACUGCCCUCUUCAUAAUGUGAAAUCAGGUAUGAUAAGCAAACCACCAGGCACCAUGAGCACCACUCCCCACCCAGACCUGCUGCAGGCGGGGGUGUCCCCGGGGAGUGUGCCCCACCCAGACCUACUGCAGGCGGGGGUGUCCCCGGGGAGUGUGCAGACGCUGGCCUCCCGGCUAUGGCCACCCCCCACCUCCAACCCCUUGACUUCUAAACGGGUCUGCUUCUACAAGAGCGGAGACCCACAGUUCGGUGGCCUGCGCAUGGUAAUCAAUGGACGCACAUUUAAAACCUUUGAUGCCCUGCUGGAUGGCCUCUCCAAGAAAGUGCCUCUGCCAUUUGGGGUGCGCACUAUCACCACACCAAGGGGGACCAACUCUAUUCGUGCCUUGGAGGAACUUCAGGAUGGGGGCUCCUAUGUGUGCACAGACCAGAAGCGAGUCAAACCUCUGAACCUCGAGAAGGCCAACCAGAGACAGGUCCCCUGGAAUACCACCAGACCCAUCAGUGCUAAACGUAGAGGAAACAUGAGACAAAUACCCAGGAGGACUGAUUUUGGCAUCAGGGCAGAAAGAAUGAUUAAUAGAACAGUUGCAGUGCGGACACCAAAAAGACUAGUAGUUUACAAGAAUAAGGAUCCGACUGUGAAACGCAUAGUGGUGUUGCAAAGGAGAACUGCCCCAUCUUUUGAUGCACUUUUGGAUUAUCUUUCUCAGGUUAUGCAGUUUCCAGUUGUGAAGCUGUUCAGUGCAGAUGGGAGACGGGUUGAGGGCCUUGCUGGCCUCAUACUGUGCUCUGGUGUUGUUGUAGCUGCUGGUAACGAACCCUUCAAGCUAUCAAGCUUCAACUUCCAAGGAGGUCCACCACCGACUCAGUCAGGCUUGCCAACGGAGCGGACCAGAACCCCACCUCAAAUAUAUAAACACAAAUCUCCCAGCAGCAGCACAGGAUCAAGGAAAUUCUCACUGUCAUCAGAAAGAUACUUUGUGAGUCAGAUAAAGAAGUCCCUCAGUGAAAGUUUGUCUGAGCAUGAAAGUCACCACUCCGGAUCUUUAGAGACUGAGCUAAACCCACCUUCAGAAUCUGUUGACAUGGAGCCCUGUGACAACCUGGCAGGUGUUGCUGGAAGGCAUUGUCCAACAAUGCCAACAGAGGAUGACAUAGAAAAAUCCUUUCGUGUAAACCAGGAUGGCAGCAUGACAGUUGAAAUGAAAGUACGGCUCACAUUAAAACAGGAGGAGAUGAUACACUGGACUACUACACUAAGCCGCUCAAGUGUCACCGGCCAACACAUGGAAGUGUGUGCCUCGCAGCCCAUGUCAGGUCCUAACUCUCCAUAUGUCAACGACGAUUCAUCCAAAAAUGCUGGAGGCCGCAGCGCAGAAAGGGCACCCGAAAGGAGACACCAUCGCACCUCAGCUGAGAGGACAGUUGCUUUCAAGGAGCGGGGAGGGGGUAACUGCAGCAGCACCAUGGCUGAGACCAGUCGACGGACCCCAACACCAGGACCGACACAUGUGAAAAGCAAGAGCGCGUCGGUGGAGAGCGCAACUACAGUAACUGAGACAGAGGUUCAGGAGAGCACUGUUGGUACAUACUCCUACAUGGAGCGCACAUCAGAGGGAGAAGUUACUGAAGGGUACUGUGUCGUCAGUCGGAGCAGUUCCAGCAACAUCAGACCUGUACCAAAACCCAGAAAAACGGGAUCUGCAGAAGGCAAGAAAAGCACAUUACAUUCUUCACUCAAAGCUUCAGGAGUUGCAGAGGUCCUCCAGAUCGAGAAUAGCGGUCUUGAGGUCACAGAGACUGUCAUGCAUAUAUAUGAGUCCCAACCACAGGGUAGCUACGACAACUAUCUUGCAAGUCCUCAGCAUGUCUCACAAAACACACCCAGUCGUAUUAAUUCACCACGGACACAUAGUAAAAUAGGUUCCACAGAUUCAGGGCCUUGUUCGUCAAAUAAUGACUGUGAUGUAGAUUUUACUCGAAUAUCGACAGCAUCAGAAUCUCUCAAUGGGAAGAAAGAUGAGAUGUUCUCACUGUCAUCAGAAAGCACGUCUCCUCAAAGAAAAUCUAGUUCCAAACUAGCAACAGGCAGUAGUGGGAACACUGCACAUGAAUCCUCAUCUGCAAACGAGAACACUAGGAAUAAAAGUCCUGGCAGAAAGAAAAAGAGAACAGUCAUGUCUAGAACAAAGCAAAAUGCAUCUCUUCUGUCUUCUGGGUCAGACAAAGGACAAAGGACUAUAUUGACAGAAUCCUCAAAGACCAUCAAAAUAAUGAAUUCAUCUGACAAUCAGGAAAAAACGGGGAGUUCAGCAGAAAGUGCUCUAAGUAAAAAAAUGGGCAGAGUAAAAAAGAGUGAUGAGGAUAAUGGAAGGAAAGUAUCUGCCAGUAAAACCAGCAUCUCAGCAUUAUCCGCAGAGCACGAGCUAAAUUCAGAUGAGAGUGCAGUCAGAGACUUAUCUCAUAAUCUGAACAAUCCUGAAUCUGAGAAGCCAAAGAAAAUACACAGAAAAAAUGUCCAGAAUGUCUUAGCGUCUCUCUCUCCAGGUCGCACCAAAAACACAAUUCUAAAGCAAAAGUCCAUGAGUGAUGAGGGUCUUAAAUUACCUAAAGAAAAUAGGGAACUGAGUGAGAGUAUUUCAAUGCCUUUGCUUUGCUCCCCUCCUUCUGUUGAACAGUACGUGGAGACCUGGCUUCAACAAAUAUCAGACUCAGCUCCCUACAUGGAGGAGUUGAACCUUACAGAGACUGAGGAGGCUAUGUUGCAAGUGGGUAAUGAUUUAUCAAAAGGGUCUGAGGAAAAGAGUACUUCAGAAAUACUUAGUGAGGAAGAGGAGAAUUUGCCUGAAGAAGAUACAUCUGUGGAAAGGUUAGUGCAACAACAACCUAUUCAGGUCCGAUGUGAGGGGGAGCUGAUUGAUGACGAACCACAAGAAAGACGAGGCUUUUGUAGAUCGAUGCCAAGUGUUCGUAUCAACCCUGCUGAUCAAGAUUGGCAAACCAGAAUGCAUAAAUCAACUGAAGUUCUUUUCCCACUUGACAGUCAGCCAUCACAGGAUAUUGAGACAAACUCCAAGGGAGGCAUGAGGCCAGUUUUAGAGCAGCUAUGUUUAUCCCUGCGGUCCAUAAGACGGGUGGUUAUCCCGACACAUACUGAGACAUUGGAGAGAGCCCAGAGCCUCCCUGACUUCUCUGACCAGGUGGCCUCUGUUUUUGGUGCUUCUUCUACCAAACUCCUCUCCUUCCUGUCUGUCAUGACACUGAAGGAUGGCUCAUCCAGCCAAGGAUCACAGCUUUCACUAAUGGGUGGGAGAAGCAGCUCCCCAGAGGCCCUAAAGGUGAUGCAAUCUCUUGAAAAGCUUACUAACACAGAGGAUGAGAAAGAGCUCAAGGCCAGUCUUUCAGAUCUACGUAACUCUACAUCUCCUACAUUCCAGGAGAAUUGGAGAGAUUUCCAAGAGAAGUAUGACAUCGAUGAUAAUCCCCUACCAUCACCAAAGACUUCAGAGCAAGAAUUUAUACUGGAUGUAUAUUCAGAGGCAGGUGACCAAAGCAAAGAUCAUCCAUUUGGGAUUGAACAGCUGAUGGAGGAGCUGAGCAUGUCUGAAGAGUUGAGACAGGAGCUAUCAUCUCUAGCUGAGGGAGAGAUGAUGUAUCAUGAUGCAACAGACUUACUGAAAGGUGGCACUGAGGAAGCUUCAAGCCCAGAGACUGCAGACGCAAGCACAAUUAUUAGGGCCAAUGUUAUAGAGGACAGUGAGGUAGUGGAAAUUAUGUCUAUAGCUAAUAUGAAAGAAGGAGAUAACGUGAAUUAUCAGGGCAAGGAGCACCCAUUAGAGGAGGAGAACAAAGGAAGCCAUCCAGGGGAGGAGUGCAGCUUAGCUGGUGAUUAUGAUUCUACAGAGAUCCAAGAGACAACUAGAGAAAUUAGUUAUUGUGAAACCACAGAAGUAAAGUCAGAGCAUUCCAAAGAAAGUAUUAAGUCUCCUAGAGGAAGCCCUGCGGAGGAAGGUUCACAACUAAAAGAAGACGAGUCUGUGACUACACAAGCUGCGUCACCUUCUGCAAACUCACCUGAUCUUAAGACCAGUGAUGUGGCAAAUGAUGACUCUGUGUGCAGCGUUCCCAAUUCAGAACAGGAGAGGGUGGCUACCACACAUGAAGAUGGAAGCCCCACAAACGAUCCACACAGUUCAUCUGCUGAUGAGGAAUGCAACAGUGGGGGGGAGCUCCCAAGCCACGACACAGAGAGAGAAGAACGGCUUAGUUUAGCUGAUCGGGAGGAUCGCAAUUGUGCAGAGGGCCUGCCAAGCCGAAGUGAAGAGGGAGAUGGAGAAGUUGUUCCUCAUGACACAGAUUCUUCAUGUCAUCAGAGUCUAGUUUCAGAAUCUAAGAUUAAGGAGUCAGUGCAGGAAGAAUCUGAGUUUUGCAAUUGCCAGGACCUCGACCUGGAAAGUGGGGCUCAGACAAAGGAAGCAGCUAGCUCUUGUGGUGUUAUUUCUGAAAAAAUUAGUUCGGCAGAGAGUGCUAAGAGUCAGAAGACAAACAAAUCAAAGACUGAAAGAAAGGGCAACAGAAGUAAAAAGUCUUCUAUUAAAAGCAGCACAUCUUCAAACACUGGGAUAAGGAAAGUUUCAUCAUCUAUUGAGGCACUCCAUUUGGGAGUGGCCACAUCCAGAAACUCAUCGCCUAAAGUAAAAACUACAGAUUCACAGGGAUCUAUGCCUCAAGUGAGGAAGCCACUGACACCAAUGACUCCAGGUGGAAUCAAAAAAGUUACGACAAAGUCAAAGUCUGUGAGUGGGGACAGACUUAAAUCCCCCGAACAAAACCUAAAUGAAAGUGCUUCAACGCCUUUCCUCUGUGCUCCUCCCUCUAAUAUCCAUCAGUAUGUAGGUAGUUGGCUUGAAAAUACGCACCCUGAGUCAGAUCCCUAUAUGGAGGAGAUAACCCAUCUUGACCCACCAGAGACAAGGGCAGUGUUUCAAAUAGGCACUUCCUCAUCAGAGGGGUCUGAGGAAAUGAGGGCUUUGGGAAAUGUUUAUCCUGAGGAAGAGGAUUUGUCUGUUGAGGAAAAUGCUGAUGAAAGACAACGACCUGCACCACUCAUACGGAUAAAAUGUGAUAGAGAGCUGGUUGAAGACAGAACACAAAGAAUGAGAAACUUUUGUAGAUCAAUGCCAACUGUUCGGAUCCAACCUGCUGAUCAGGACUGGCACACAAAAACGCACAAGUCAACUGAAGCCCUUUUUCCUCUUGAUAGUCGGCCAUCACAGGAUAUUGACUCAAACUCUAAGGGAGGUAUGAAGCCAAUUUUACACCAGCUAUGUUUAUCUCUGAAAUCCAUCAGGCAGGCUGUUAGCCCUACACGGCCCGUCCCCUUGGAGAAAACCCGCAGCCUCCCUGACUUCUCUGACCAGGUGGCCUCUGUUUUUGGUGCUUCUUCUACUAAACUCCUCUCCUUCCUGUCUGUCAUGACACUGAAGGAUGGCUCAUCAGGCCAAGGAUCACAGCUUUCAAUAAUGGGUGGGAGAAGCAGCUCCCCAGAGGCCCUAAAGGUGAUGCAGUCUCUUGAAAAGCUUACUAACACAGAGGAUGAGAAAGAGCUCAAGGCCAGUCUUUCAGAUCUACGUAACUCUACAUCUCCCACAUUCCAGGAGAGUUGGAGAGAUUUCCAAGAGAAGUAUGACAUCGAUGAUAAUCCCCUACCAUCACCAAAGACUUCAGAGCAGGAAUUUUUAUUGGAUGUAUAUUCAGAGGCAGGUGACCAAAGCAAAUAUCAUCCAUUUGGGAUUGAACAGCUGAUGGAGGAGCUGAGCAUGUCUGAAGAGUUGAGACAGGAGCUAUCAUCUCUAGCUGAGGGAGAGAUGAUGUAUCAUGAUGCAACAGACUUACUGAAAGGUGGCACUGAGGAAGCUUCAAGCCCAGAGACUGCAGACGCAAGCACAAUUAUUAGGGCCAAUGUUAUAGAGGACAGUGAGGUAGUGGAAAUUAUGUCUAUAGCUAAUAUGAAAGAAGGAGAUAACGUGAAUUAUCAGGGCAAGGAGCACCCAUUAGAGGAGGAGAACAAAGGAAGCCAUCCAGGGGAGGAGUGCAGCUUAGCUGGUGAUUAUGAUUCUACAGAGAUCCAAAAGACAACUAGAGAAAUUAGUUAUUGUGAAACCACAGAAGUAAAGUCAGAGCAUUCCGAAGAAAAUAUUAAGUCUCCUAGAGGAAGCCCUGCGGAGGAAGGUUCACAACUAAAAGAAGACGAGUCUGUGACUACACAAGCUGCGUCACCUUCUGCAAACUCACCUGAUCUUAAGACCAGUGAUGUGGCAAAUGAUGACUCUGUGUGCAGCGUUCCCAAUUCAGAACAAGAGGGAGUGGCUACCACACAUGAAGAUGGAAGCCCCACAAACGAUCCACACAGUUCAUCUGCUGAUGAGGAAUGCAACAGUGGGGGGGAACUCCCAAGCCACGACACAGAGAGAGAAGAACGGCUUAGUUUAGCUGAUCGGGAGGAUCGCAAUUGUGCAGAGGGCCUGCCAAGCCGAAGUGAAGAGGGAGAUGGAGAAGUUGUUCCUCAUGACACAGAUUCUUCAUGUCAUCAGAGUCUAGUUUCAGAAUCUAAGAUUAAGGAGUCAGUGCAGGAAGAAUCUGAGUUUUGCAAUUGCCAGGACCUCGACCUGGAAAGUGGGGCUCAGACAAAGGAAGCAGCUAGCUCUUGUGGUGUUAUUUCUGAAAAAAUUAGUUCGGCAGAGAGUGCUAAGAGUCAGAAGACAAACAAAUCAAAGACUGAAAGAAAGGGCAACAGAAGUAAAAAGUCUUCUAUUAAAAGCAGCACAUCUUCAAACACUGGGAUAAGGAAAGUUUUAUCAUCUAUUGAGGCACUCCAUUUGGGAGUGGCCACAUCCAGAAACUCAUCGCCUAAAGUAAAAACUACAGAUUCACAGGGAUCUAUGCCUCAAGUGAGGAAGCCACUGACACCAAUAACUCCAGGUGGAAUAAAAAAAGUUACGACAAAGUCAAAGUCUGUGAAUGGGGACAGACUUAAAUCCCCCGAACAAAACCUAAUUGAAAGUGCUUCAAUGCCUUUCCUCUGUGCUCCUCCUUCAGAUGUCCAUCAGUAUGUAGGUAGUUGGCUUGAAAAUACGCACCCUGAGUCAGAUCCCUAUAUGGAGGAGAUAACCCAUCUUGACCCACCAGCGACAAGGGCAGUGUUUCAAAUAGGCACUUCAUCAUCAGAGGGGUCUGAGGAAAUGAGGGCUUUGGGAAAUGUUUAUCCUGAGGAAGAGGAUUUGUCUGUCGAGGAAGAUGCUGAUGAAAGACAACGACCUGCACCACCCAUACUGAUCAAAUGUGAUAGAGAGCUGGUUGAAGACAGAACACAAAGAAUGAGAAGCUUUUGUAGAUCUAUGCCAACUGUUCGGAUCCAACCUGCUGAUCAGGAGUGGCACACAAAAACGCACAAGUCAACUGAAGCCCUUUUUCCUCUUGAUAGUCGGCCAUCACAGGAUAUUGACUCAAACUCUAAGGGAGGUAUGAAGCCAAUUUUACACCAGCUAUGUUUAUCUCUGAAAUCCAUCAGACAGGCUGUUAGCCCUACACGGCCCGUCCCCUUGGAGAAAACCCGCAGCCUUACUGACUUCUCUGGCCAGGUGGCCUCUGUUUUUGGUGCUUCUUCUACUAAACUCCUCUCCUUCCUGUCGGUCAUGACACUGAAGGAUGGCUCAUCAGGCCAAGGAUCACAGCUUUCAAUAAUGGGUGGGAGAAGCAGCUCCCCAGAGGCCCUAAAGGUGAUGCAGUCUCUUGAAAAGCUUACUAACACAGAGGAUGAGAAAGAGCUCAAGGCCAGUCUUUCAGAUCUACGUAACUCUACAUCUCCCACAUUCCAGGAGAGUUGGAGAGAUUUCCAAGAGAAAUAUGACAUCGAUGAUGAUCCCCUACCAUCACCAAAGAAUUUGGAGCAGGAGUACGGACUAGAUGUACAUUCAGAGGCAGGUGACCAAAACAAAGAUCAUCCAUUUGGGAUUGAACAGCUGAUGGAGGAGCUGAGCAUGUCUGAAGAAUUGCGACAGGAGAUAGCAUCUCUUGUUGAGGAGGAGAUUACCUAUCAUGAUGCAGCAGAACUACCCACAAGGACCACUGAAGAAGCUUCACGUCUAGAGACUACAGACACAAGCACUAUUAUUAGGGCUGAUGAUGUGGAGGACAGUGAAGAGGUGGAAAUGAUGCCUGAAGCGUACACUGAAGAUGAAGAAAAGGCAAAUGCCAUGGAUGAAGAUAACUUACAGGAGCUUAACAAUAUUCAGGGGGGAAAAGAGACUAUCAAUUCAAUAGAAGAAGAAAUAAGUCUUGCUGGUAGUAAUGAAGCAGGAAGUAUUAAAUGUGAAGAAACAGGAUCCCGAACAGCAGAAUCAGAAGAUAUGGAUUCUGAACGGUUUCUCACACCUGUGACAGAGUCUGAGCCGAAAGACAUGGACAGGGACUCAGAGUCUUGGAAAAGUCACGACACAGACCAUCAGUUAGAGUCCUGGAAAGGUCAUGACACAGACCAUCAGUCAGAGUCCUGGAAAGGUCACGACACAGACCAUCAGUCCGACUCUGGGAAAGGUCACGACACAGACCAUCAGUCAGAGUCUUGUAAAGAUCACGACACAGACCAUCAGUCAGAAGAAGCCAAAUGUGAAAGUAUUCAUGAAGACGUUGCCACAGAGGAGGAAGGUAACCAUGUGGAUAGUCAUGCUGGAGAGGAAGGUGGAUAUGCGCAACAGUCGGAUGACCUUGGUAAAGCAGAAGAUGUCCAUGGAAACGGCCUUGCAGAAGAAGAAAUCUGUCAUGAAGAGCAGGCUGAUAUCCUUGCACACGUGGUUGCCUUUGUGGAAGGACAGAAAGACUCACUUAAGGGUUCUGGUUCAUGUGAGGGUCAGGAUACUCAUAGUGAAAAUAGCAUCCAUCCUGAUGAGAUGGAGGACGAACAACCAGAUACACAAGGCUACCGUAGUCUGCACCAACCUGUGGAGUUAUCUCAGGAGCUGCUGGACUUUGUCAACAACGCUCUGCUCUCAUCCUCUUUGACAUUCACGUAUGACUCCAAUGGUAAUUUGAAAAUACAGCCAAUAGAUGAAGCAAAUUCUGUUAGAGAAAUAUUUCCAGGUAAAACAAUCAUAGAGAGUCAGUAUGGUCUAAAACGCCUGCCAAGCCCAAACACCUCAGACGUGACUGACUACAGACCUGACACAGCAGACAGUGGGGAACGUAGGUCACAGGUGUCUUUUAACAUUUCUACAGAUGUGGGAGAGGAAGAGGCAGACAGGGUGUCAACCUCACAAAGUCAUGUAGAUCAAAAAAGUGAAAUGUCAUAUGGCAAAAACAGUGCCAUUACUGAGAAUGGAUCUGUAACAUCUCCCUAUGGUAAAAAAUCUAAUUUUUCCCCAAAGUCUGAUUUUAAGAGCAUGUGUAGCCUUUACUCUAAUCAAGACACUAUAUCUAGAGCCUCACCCCAGGAUAGUGCACACUUAAACACGUCAGGUUCAUUUAACGGAGAUUCGGAAUCUGUGCAGUGCUUAUCUUUUUAUUCUCAAGCGGAUCUCCGUGAAGGUGUGCUAAUUGACAAAGGCAGGUGGCUGCUGAAGGAAAACCACCUAAUUCGAAAAUCGCCUCCAUUGUCCAUGGGGAUGUAUGGUCAAAUGGACACGUCCUCUGCAGACUCAGGUCAGGACAUCAUAAGUGAAUAUGCAUCUUCCUCACAAUAUCUGAACCAUCAGCCCUCGCUCGCUGUCAUCUCUUCAUCAGAGCUCGAGGAGAUGGCAAAACCACCAACACCCAAAUGCACAUAUUUCACCAUACCACACAGUAGUGACUCAGACCCCUUCCGAGACGACCAGAGCAGCAAUGGAAAUAGGCAAGGAGACAUCAUGAGGGGGAACAGGGUCUCUCCACAAGAAGAACCUUCAAAAACAUGGGCACGAAAGCACAGCAGUUUCUCCUCAUUUGCCUCAGUGGAGUUCAAGCUUCCAGAUGGAAAGAUUCAUCCAGAAGGGGGCGGUGCAGUGGAGCGACCAGCUCGGUCUCGGAGCAUUGGAGGUAGAACCCUGCGGGAAGAGGACUCCACAGAGUCACUGCAGCUUAGGUGUGGGCAGAAUUGCCCCAUACUGUGAGCUGCAUGAGGUGAUCAAACUUGUGCAUUAUUCGCCACUUCCUUCUGCAGAACUAAUAGAAUUCUACCCUUAAGAAACCCAUUUGGAAUUUUGGAGGUUGUGAUACAAUACAAUACUAUACAAAUGAAUUCAGGUCAAGGUGAAAGUAUUGCAUAAGUUGCAUUGGAAAGGAUACUCUCAUGUAACAUGUCAUCAUGGGAAUAUGUUGUUUAAAAUGUUGGUGCCUGUGCUGGGAUUUGGAUUAAGAAUCCUUCAAAAAUAUAUCUUGAGUGCUUUUAAGCAUAUUUUUCUGCACAGCAAGGGAGCUUGAUACAUCCCAUGUUAAAGUACUUGAACAUACCAAACGUCCUAAGUGGUAUUUGUUGUAAAAUAUUAAGUAAGUCAACUGUAGUAAGUUUUUGCUACAAAUAUGUAUUUCAUACAGAGGCUUAUAUUAGGACUUAAAGUGAUUAAAAAGGAACUUAAAGGUAAUUAUGGCAAUGUUAAAUGAUCCAAGAUACUAAACAGCUACACUUCCAAGUCGUCAAGCUUACAUCAGGCUGUGGCAGUCACAAGGACAAACACAUUGUGUUAUUCACUGAUUACUCAUGUCUGGGAAAAGCAGCUCCAUGUAAGGGGAUAGGCCUAUAACAACUGGAUAGUUCUCUGUUAUUACUAUGUACCUCACACCAUUAGUGUCUAUUGUUCAAUAUCCGUAAUAGUAAGAUGAUGUAUAAAUACCCAGAUAUCAACAAGUGUUUUAUACAUUUAAUUACAUUUUAUGCCCAUUAUAAAGCACUGACUGAUAACAUCUUGAGAUUUGGGAUAACAGAUGUGUCCUGCUACACCGUGGAGAUGUUGAAAGAUGUUUUGAUUUGCAAUGUUAUAGUGCCAUCUUUUUGACUGAAUGCACGUUACGCAUCUAUAAAGCUAGAUGUGUGAGAUCAUGGCGGGAACACUGACUAAUAUUGUAAAAUAUUUUUUAUCUGUGUUUCUGUCACUGUCAGUCUGUGCUCUGAGCUCAAAUACAGUACAGUUGCACAACCUUAAAAGGUAUAACAUGCUAUCCUGCUUCUUUUCAAACAAGUACAAAUAGAACACAUAUCUGUCUGGUUAUACAUGAGAUACAGUGUUUAAUUUCAAUAUAUUGUGUAUUACAUUCUUUUGGAUUGUGACAUCUCAAUCAGAGUGCAGUGAGAUAUAGAAAAAGGCAGCUAGUACCAUACUGUUUUUAAAAGUGGGUUGAUACAUUGUAUUUUUCUGUGUAUAAUAAAAUCACAUUUUAAAACUU